GCUGAGUGUGUCUUGCAGAUAAGAGAUAAAGAUAGAAGAGGUAAGGUAUGGAACCAACAGAUAAAACCAGCAACCUUUGAGUUAAAGAAAACCAUCUACGCCUUAGUCAUACUAGCAGGACAAAUUUCAGAAUAUAACGCAAAAAUGAACUCACAAUGUUCUAAAUGUAAAGCAGCAAUGAGGAAAUAUAACUACUCCGUCAAAGAGAUAGAAAGAAUGAGAAAAGACCAUACUGACUUAAAGAAAGAAGUAGAGAAACCAGCAGAAGAUAAAAUGGACAUGUUGACAUUUCUGAACAAAAACUAUCCAACUGCUAACGAUUUCCUUCUUUCAGAUGUCAAGAAGAAAUAUAAAGAAACCUUCGGCAUAGUUAAAAUUUUUGAUAUCCUUCGUGAAGAAAUAGAAGCUACAAAACUGUUUAAAGUCAUGAACCAUCACAACAUAUACCAUGUAAAACGCUUGUAA